AUGGAGAAACCGAGCCCGCAAGAGGCAAAAAGCAGUGGCAAGUCCAGCCGGGAGGCCAGACCCGAGUUCUCCCCAAUGGGCUCUGGCCGCGGCACGUGGGCUCGACUCCCACAGCAGCCCGAGCCCCCGAAAUUCUACAGCCGGAGCUACUUGAAGCGGUACAAUCACAGCGCUAAGGUUAGGAGCUCGCGGGUGCCCGGCAAAAAGUGCCCCGACGAGCAGGCCAACGACCCACCGGCUGUCGGUCAGAAGUACGGUUCGCAGGCCAAUAAUCCGGUCGAGUUACCAAUUCCGUCGGAAGCCCCGGUAACGAGCGUCUCCUGUGCCCCAUUGGCGAGCCAAGCGGUCGGGGCAGCGGUGGACAUCAGCAAAAAAGAGAGCCCUUGCGGUCGCGGUGGCACAGGAGCUCCGAGGCAGUCGAGGGAGCAGGACUACCGCUACAGUCUCGCGAGCGCCAUGUCCUCGAUAAAAACGAGCUACUUCAAGACCGAUGCUGCCCCAUACUUCGACGAGUCGCAGUUCAACGAGGCACGGCUGCUCGUGGCCGCCGAGGACGAGCAGUUCUGCGAGAGUUUCCGGAAAAUCAAGACCAUAGUCGACGAAGCCGUUAAGAAGCACCGGGUAUUCCUGAUACGGGGCGAACUGCCGAGGCUGAAGGAGGUCCUCGAGGAGCGCGGCUGGGUCCAGAAGUACGAGCCGAGCAGGACGAGAUCGCUACCCUACGACAGUACAACGACCCUGGAGUCUAGGUCACUGGGUGACCUGCGCCUGCCGGACGGCUCACCGAACGAGCGCGCGUUGGUCUUUGGGUUACUUCGCCACGUGCAGCCCGACUUUAUCUGGGACUGCCGCAACGAUUUCAUCGAGUGGGAUCGGAACAUUGCCGGCAACGUGCUGCUCAACAGAUUCCAGAAGCCUGGCCUCUAUACCUCCAAGCUAGGCAUGGCCCAUAUACUGCAAGAGGCGCACUGGCUCCACGAGACGGACGUCGCGGACGUGCUCUUCCCCCGCAGCUACAACCCGAGCCGCGAGCUCGCGGCCCUCAGUCGAGACUUCCGGCGUUGCGCGGCCGUUGCUCUGCUCAGGUGGUUCGUCGAGCGCGUGAGGAACGACAUCGAGGAGGAGGCGAGCGAGGAGUCGCCGAUCAGCCUGGACCGAGUCGAGUUCGCUGUAAAGUGUUGCGAGGAGCAGAUAGCCGAGCUAGAACACGAGGACAUUGACGAGAACGGCCCGACGAGGGAGGAGGAGGAUGGGGCAGAGGAGGAGGAGGAGAAGUGGCGAUUAUUUGUCGAAGAUUGUGAACGAUUGCUGUACAAGCCCGACGGAUUGGCGAAUUUGCCCAGGGCAGAGCAGCUGGAGCGUCUCGAGGUCUGUUACCAAGCAGCCCAGUCAGCGCUGGAAAAGCUGAAAAAGCUCGACCCGCAGUUCGAUUUAAAUGGCGAGCGCAACAUUUGGAUCGUGAAGCCGAGCAACCUCUGCUGCGGCUCCGGUAUUUUCAUGACCCACGAGCUGAAAACAAUUUUGCGGAAAGUGGAGAGCAAACCUCGCGACUACUACGUCGUCCAGAAGUAUAUUGAGCGCCCCUUUUUGGUCUACGGUACGAAGUUUGAUAUUCGACAAUGGUUUCUCGUUACCUCGACCUUUCCAAUGACCAUAUGGAUGUACAAAGAGGCUCUGCUGCGCUUUAGCUCAAAGCCGUACAGUUACACGAGCUACCACGAGGCCGUCCAUCUGUGCAACACCGCCGUGCAGGAGCGGUACGAUUACGAGCGCAGGAGACGGCGACACCGCUCCGGUGGCAGCGUCGAGGACGAGCCGACGGUGCGCGAUCUCGGCUGGGACUGCAACAAGCUCGACGAAUAUUUGAAAACGGCGUGCGAUAACGAGGAGGGUGGCUCGCCCUACUGGGACAAGAUUUACCCGAAGAUGUCGCAGGCCAUAGUGCUGACGAUGCUGGCGGCCCAGGACUUUAUGGACAGGCGGCGGUGCAGCUUCGAGCUGUACGGGGCCGAUUUCAUGGUAAUGGAGGACCUCAGCGUAUGGCUUAUCGAGAUAAAUACGAAUCCGAGGAUGCACCCGCCCAGCUCGAGGAUCACCCAGCGCUUGUACGCUGGCGUGCUCGACGGCUUGGUCAAGGUGGUGAUGGAUUAUCCAAUAAACCCCAACGCCGAUACGGGUGGCUUUGAGCUCGCUUACCACCAGAGCAUACCGGAAAGCCAGCCGUACCUCGGACCUUGUCUCUUCGCCUUCGGUAAGUCGAUGACACUGCACGAGGCCUCCGCUGCGAUGCGAAAAAAGUGUGGAGCUUCCAACCAGUGGUCAGCCAAACCGUAUCGAGCCUGGACUGCACCUCCGACUAGUAGGGAGCCGAAGACAGCAGAUUUCGUCAGUUGCUUGAAUGUGACGUCGACCACGAAGUUUGGGAGCAGUCAAGAUGAAAGUGGACGAGAUUCGAGAUGA